GCGUGACGCGCACACGCACGUACACGUAUGCGGAUCUCGCGGUCAAUUGCACGGCAUUUGCGCGAUCGCCGCUGAAUCCGGGAGGGAGGAGGAGGAGAGGUCGGAGCGACGUCGGAGGUUAGGUACUCGCGCGAUCGCGCUGACGACGGCAGUAUGGGGUACAAGAGGAGGUUAGGAUUCGGGACGUUUCUCACCGUGCUGAUCGUGCUGGCGGCGAUCUACUACCGCAACGCCGACGACGUCCUGCAGAAACGGCUGCUGGCUCUGCUGCACGGGCUCGAGAGGCUCGAGAGCAAGCACGUCGUCACCAGGCGGCCGAGGGUCGCCGUAGGCUACGGCGUGUGCACCGACGUCUUCAUCGACGCGAGGCACCUGCUCGGCUACUCGGACGAGGUCGGCCGGCCUGAGCACUUCGACGAGAUCAACACCGAGCUCGAGCUGCUCAAGAGCUUCGCCUACUACUUUCGCCAUGGAGCCGCGGCCGAACGCUACAUGGCGAACAGAACGUUAUUCGACGAAUUGGUGUCGAAGGCACGCUCGUUCCCCUCGUCCUACUCGACGAUCGGAGGAAACGCGGCGGUCAUGGCGAUGCGAUUCGCGCGGGAGGGAUGCGACGUGACCCUCGCGGCCAAAAUGACCAGAUCCCUGCACCAGAUGUUCCCGCAGGUGAUAAACAUAGUAGGCGGCGAGGUGAAGCGCGACGACAUUCACCUCAUCAUGGAGUAUAAGCACGGCGAGGUGUGGGGCCCUUAUUCCAGCGCGAGGGCAAACAGGUAUAUCGUCCACAACGACGUGAACAAUCCGAUGAUUAGCUCGUUCAGCGCCUUCGACAAAGUCCUGGGGACCUACGAUCCCGACUUGUUGGUAGUCAGCGGUCUCCAGAUGAUGGAUAAUUAUCCAUUUCAGGAAGGCAAACGCAAGAAUCUGCUGGUGAACGUGAAGGAGCAGAUGGUGGAACGUCCGAGCUCCACCAGAAUUCACUUCGAGAUGGCCUCGUUCGCCGAGGAUAAAUUGCUCUUCGAGCUGUGCGACCUGGUGGUCCCCUUCGCCGACAGCUUGGGCAUGAACGAGCAGGAGAUAGCGAAUCUGUACAACACUAUGUACUACGGUAACAUCUCGCUGGUGGCAAACUCGACACCGCGCGUCGCAACGGUGUUGGAUCAGAUGAGAACGUUGUUCAAACUCAUACGUCUGAGGGGCAAGUCGAUCGCGAAUUCCCGAGAGCUCACGAGAAUCCACGUGCACACGCUGGCCUAUCAGGCCAUAUUCACCGUCAAGGAUUCCGUUUGGAAGAAUACCAUGGCUGCCGCGGCCAAGGCGUCGCUGACCGCACACAGACACGUAUGCGCGUCGAGUAACGUCGAUGUGAAGAAGGCGACGCUGAUCAUGGACGAUAGUUUCUCGACGUCCAUCAAUGACGGUACUCGAAUAGCGUUGAACAUCGACAAGCCGGUCUCUUGUUGGGACGAGGUACUGAAGGUGGAGCAGGAAAAUAUUUCUAUUCAGGUGUGCGUCGCUCCCGUGUUGGUUUGCACGCAGGCUAGUCAGACGGCAGGCGGCGGAGAUAACAUUUCCAGCGCAGGCCUCGUACUUCAGAUUUAAAUGGGCACGCAUCGAUACGACGGGAUCGUUUUACCAACACCGCCGUGUUCGCAUUACGAAUUAUAAUCCCAUCCAUUGCAUACACGUAGACGACGAAACAGAAAUCCUAAAGUAGGCCUUUAAAUCACGUCUGUAGCACGCGUGAAACUCUACAUUGGUUUUUUACAUUCCAUUUGACUUCAAGAAAGAUAGAGACUGGACACAUAGAACUGAUUGCGCAUCGUUAAACUAUUAUAAAAGCACAAUUUAAUUCUUUUAUGCACUCGGAGUGCGUUUUAUCAAAUUGUGACGUUCUGCCUAAUAUACGAUUAUCGAUAGCGAUUUGGUACUAACGUCAAUGUUUGCGAACAUUGUAUUGUUACUCUCGCAUUUGUAGACUAAUUUUAACUGAAAGAAGUUCAUUCCGAUAUUAAUAUACUACGUAAGUUAAUCGAUGCUGCGAUAGAUUAAGCAUUUUUACAAGAAUACAGUUAACGAAAUCGAAAAUCGUGAAAUUUCCUGAGUACUGAAAACUUGAAUAUAUAAAAAUAGUGCCAUGUGACCUAUAUUUCAAUAGCGAUAGCUUCAACAAUUCUGCAGCAAUAGAUUCGUAGCUAUGACGUCUUAACUUCGAAAAGCAGAGGCAAUGUGAUAUUAUCUUUAGUAAUCGACCGUAUAUAAGACUAAACUUAAAGAAACAGAAAGAUCGAAGAGACAGAGUCACUCUUUUAAAAAGAAAGAAAAAGAAUUAUUUAAUCUCGGGAAAUGUCGUAAUAUAAACGUCUCCAAUGUUACACGAUCUCACAUUCCAACGUUCAAGUCUGUUGUGCUUACAAAAAAUCGACGUGAACAUUUCUUUUACAUUUGAAAGUGCAUUGUAUAUAUAUAUAUAUUGUAAGCUUGAAAGUUAUGGAUUUGCAAUAUUAAAGAUAUACAAUAUCAAUGUUGAUACACAA